CAGAAAUAGCUGAAGUGACCCCAUCAGUGAAACAAAAUCCACAACUCUUCUCUCCCAAAAAUCUCCGUAGAUCGCCGGGCUCCGGCAUGGCACUCCGCCGGAAACUGGAACUGCGGCAACUCCCAGCUUCGUUCCCCGGCUAAAUGCGACCAAAACGCCACCCUUUUUUUCUCCAACCCCACUACAAAAAUGACGACAACGACGAUGUCGACGAAGAUACUACUACUUCUACUGAACUGAAAAAGGGGCCUUUCAGAAUUCGGAAUCCCCAAGAAAGACCCCAGCUUUUGCGUUUCUUUUCAUCUGGGUCCUCGCAAUGGCGGCUACGAACACCACCGGACCAGCUCCGGUGGACUCUGGCUCGGCCGCCGGAGCGCCCGGGUCAGUCUUGAGCGACGAGAUGACAGCGAAGGCCAUGCACAAGAGGUACGAAGGGUUGGUGAUGGUGCGUACGAAGGCGAUAAAGGGGAAAGGCGCGUGGUACUGGGCUCACCUGGAGCCCUUGCUGGUGCAGAACGCCGAGACGGGCAUGCCCAAGGCGGUCAAGCUCAGGUGCUCCCUCUGCGACGCCGUUUUCUCCGCCUCGAACCCUUCCCGGACAGCCUCGGAGCACCUCAAGCGCGGGACUUGCCCCAACUUCAACUCCGUCGCCAAACCCAUUUCCUCUGUUUCACCCUCCUCUGCUUCUUUGGCUUCUCCGCCUCCAACUUCUCGUAAGCGUCUCUCGUCUGCGGCUUCAGCCGGUGGCGGUACUGGCGGGGGCUCGGGUCCUUCGUACCAGGUGCCGCCGCUGGCGAUAGUUGAUCCGUCGCGGUUCGAGCUGGCGUACUCGUCGGCGGUGUCGGCGACGACGGUUUUGGCGACGAGCACGGGGGCUCUGCUUUCACAGCAGCCGCAUUUGAUGCUCUCUGGUGGAAAGGAGGAUUUGGGAGCUCUGGCUAUGUUGGAAGACAGUGUGAAGAAGCUCAAGAGUCCGAAAACCUCACCGGGGCCGACGCUCAGUAAGAACCAGAGUGAUUGCGCUCUUGAUUUUCUAGCUGAUUGGGUGUUUGAGUCUUGUGGGUCGGUCUCUUUUUCCAGCUUGGAGCACCCCAAGUUCAGAGCUUUCCUUAAUCAAGUCGGUUUACCGGCGGUUUCUCGCAGAGAGUUCACCGGCGCUAGAUUGGAUGUUAAGUUCGAGGAAGCCAAGGCUGAGUCUGAAGAGAGGAUUAAAGACGCCAUGUUCUUUCAGAUUGCCUCCGAUGGGUGGAAAUUCAAGAAUUAUGGGGUUUUGGGGGAAGAGAGUUUGGUUAAUUUGACUGUGAAUCUUCCGAACGGCACUAGUUUGUAUAGGAGGGCAGUGUUUGUUACUGGCUCCGUUCCUUCUAAGUACGCAGAGGAGAUUUUGUGGGAGACCAUCACAGGCAUUUGUGGGAAUGCUGUGCAGCAGUGUGUAGGAAUAGUUGCAGACAAAUUUAAGGCAAAGGCGUUGAGGAAUUUGGAGACUCAGAAUCAUUGGAUGGUUAAUCUCUCUUGUCAGUUUCAGGGUUUCAAUAGUUUGAUUAAGGACUUCAGCAGGGAGCUUCCAUUGUUCAAGACUGUCACUGAGAAUUGUUUCAAGCUUGCCAAUUUCGUCAACUACAAGUCUCAGAUUCGAAACACCUUCCAUAAGUUCCAGUUGCAGGAGUACGGACACGCUGGGUUGCUUCGAGUGCCGUUUCGCGAGUGCGAGAGUGUGAGCUUUGGUCCUCUAUAUACAGUGGUGGAGGAUAUACUGAAUUCAUCUCGAUCAUUACAGUUGGUUUUGAUGGAUGAAUCGUACAAGAUGGCAGCAAUGGAGGACCCUAUUGCAAGAGAAGUUGGCGAGAUGAUUCGGGGUGCCGGGUUUUGGAAUGAAUUGGAUGCAGUUCACUCAUUGAUUAAAUUGGUGAAGGACAUGGCUCAAGAUAUUGAGAUAGAAAGGCCAUUAGUUGGGCAAUGUCUCCCUCUUUGGGAUGAGCUAAGAACAAAAGUGAAGGAUUGGUGUUCUAAAUUCCACAUUGCAGAAGGAUUGGUAGAGAAGGUGAUUGACAGGAGAUUCAAGAAAAAUUAUCACCCUGCUUGGGCUGCUGCUUACAUACUUGAUCCUCUGUAUUUGAUUAGAGACACUAGUGGGAAAUACCUUCCACCAUUCAAAUGCUUGACACCCGACCAGGAAAAGGAUGUCGACAAGCUCAUAACCCGGCUUGUUUCGCGGGAAGAAGCUCACAUUGUGCUAAUGGAGCUCAUGAAAUGGAGAACAGAAGGGCUUGAUCCUGUCUAUGCAAGAGCUGUACAGAUGAAGGAGAGGGACCCUGUUACAGGAAAGAUGAAGCUUGCCAAUCCACAGAGCAGUAGGCUUGUGUGGGAAACAUAUCUUACUGAAUUUAAGUCGCUAGGAAAAGUUGCUGUCAGGCUUAUCUUUCUUCAUGCAACUUCUUGUGGAUUCAAAUGCAAUUGGUCUUUCUUGAGAUGGGUGUGCGCGCAUGCGCCCUCGAGGGUUGGCAUGGACAAGGCGCAGAGGCUGAUAUUCGUUGCAGCUCAUUCGAAACUUGACAGACGGGAUUUUUCCAGCGAUGAAGAUAAGGAUGCCGAGCUGUUCACCUUGGCAAACGGUGAGGAUGAUGUGCUAAAGGAGGUUGAUACAUCGUCAGUGUAACAUUUUUCUGUUUUAGAAACUUAAAUUUGUAGGAUUUAUUAAAUUCUUUCCACAACUUUUUUUUUUUCUUCCUGUUUUCGAUUUUUGGUAUUUCUUUACUUACUCUUUAGAAGGUUUUGGGGCAGUCAGGUGGGAAAAAGAGAGGGACUUUGCUAGGGGAUGAAUCUUUGUACUCCUACUGCUGCUCGGCCUCAUGAUUCGAGCAAUUGCCAAUCUUCACCCUAGAUGAUAAUAUUGGAGUUUUUUGGUUUGCAGAAAAAAAAGGAAAUCUUCUUGUUUGUAAAGAUAGAAAAUGCUGCAUGAAAAAAAGUUACAGAACAGGAAGCAUGUUGUAAAUUUUUGUUCCUCAAUUAAUUUCCAGAUAAAUAAUAUUUAAGUAAGGGGAAGGUUUUAUUA